CGAGAGCCGAGUCCUGUGUUCCUGUAGCGUUCAAUCGGUGCAGUGUCACCGCGGCGCUGUGUUCAAUCACCAGACAUGGUUACGAUAUGAAAAUUAGAGGUCUGCGGUGACGUUAGCCUCUGGUUGAACCGGCCAGGAUCGGAGAGAGAAGACAAGGUUGCUCCGAGGAAGCUGUCAAUGCUGGACUCCUCGAUCUCUCAGCAUUAGGAUCUGCGAGGCUGGGAGAGACGACACCCGGCCGCCCACAAAACCACCUCACACAACAUGAUGGCCUCCAGCGACGUGGACGUCCGAGGUGAAGGUUCUUUGUUUUCUGACCAAAACCCAUCAGAAAUGGAUGCUCUGUGUCCUUCUCCGCCUGGACCGUCCAGACCACAGCGUCACUAUGAGAGGAUUGGAGGACGGACAGGAACUUCUUUUUGUCAGACUCUUAUCCACCUGUUGAAGGGGAACAUUGGUACAGGGCUGCUGGGUCUGCCUCUGGCUGUCAAGAAUGCGGGUCUGGUGCUUGGACCAGUCAGCCUGCUGGUUAUGGGCGUCAUUGCAGUCCACUGUAUGAGGCUGCUGGUCAAAUGUUCCCACCACCUCAGUGCAAAGGUGAACAGACCGUCUCUGACGUACGGCGAGGCGGUGCAGUAUGGGAUGGAAAACGUUUCGUGGCUGCGGAGACACUCGCAAUGGGGAAAACGGACGGUGAACUUGUUCCUCAUCAUCACCCAGCUGGGCUUCUGCUGCGUUUACUUUGUCUUCCUCAGUGACAACGUGAAGCAGGUGGUGGAAGCAGCCAACACCACCACCUUCAGCUGUCACGUGAAUUACACCAACCAGACACAGCUCCUGGUGCCGAGCUACGACUCCCGUAUCUACAUGCUCUUCUUCCUGCCUUUCAUCAUCCUGCUGGUUUUCACCCCCAACCUGAAAUACCUGGCUCCUCUGUCCCUGGUGGCAAACCUGGUCAUGACCGCCAGCUUGGUCCUCAUCUACUUCUACUCCCUCACGAACAUCACUUACCCCAUCAACCUACCAAAAGUGGGCAGAGCUAAAGACUACCCUCUCUUCUUUGGGACGGCCAUCUUUGCCUUUGAAGGAAUUGGAGUGGUUCUUCCCCUGGAGAACAAGAUGCAGAGGCCUCAGAGUUUCUCUCUGGUUCUGUAUUUGGGGAUGGGGAUCGUCACCUUCCUCUACAUCAGCCUCGGUACCAUAGGAUACAUGUGCUUUGGAGAGCACAUAGGCGGGAGCAUCACGCUUAACCUGCCAAACUGCUGGACUUACCAGGCUGUGAAGCUUCUGUACUGCUUUGGUAUUUUCAUCACCUUCGCCCUGCAGUUCUACGUUCCAGCAGAGAUCCUCAUACCACCACUAGUGGCUCGCGUGUCAGAGAGAUGGGAGACAGCUGUCGACCUUCUGCUUCGCACUGUCUUGGUCAUCUUCACAUGUGCUCUCGCCAUCCUGAUACCGGAGCUGGACCUCGUCAUCUCGUUGGUCGGCUCGGUCAGCAGCAGUUUCCUGGCGCUGAUCUUCCCUCCCAUCCUCCAGAUCAUAGCUUUUCACACAGAGGGCCUGACGCCGCUGACGACCGUCAAGAACAUCUGCAUCAGCCUGGUGGGGCUGGUCGGCUUCCUCACAGGAACGUACAUCGCCAUCGUGGAAAUCAUCGCCCGCAAUGGACUCAAGCACGAAGAGACGUUCUCGUCCUACAUGGUCCAGUGAUGGAGUGAUGGACUCUUUGGAGGUGGACAUUUAGGAACAAUUUUUUGGCACAUUGCUGUUUUUUUUUUCCUCGUUUAUUUGCUGCUGUUGGACAUGGCGGCCAUUUUAGAAUUAAUCUAUCAAAUUGAUGAAGCAGUAUAAAGGUGUGAGGAUUCGUGGAGCUUGAUGUGGCUUGAUGUGUUUUAUUAUGUCACUGUUGAAUUACAGUGCCCUGUGAUACUCAGAUUUCAUCACAUGCAGCCACUUAGUGCAAUCUAACGAUAACAUAAUCACGGUCAAAGCUAAAUAAUUCCUUCAAGUAGGAGAUACGGUCUAAAGGUUUUCAGAUUCGAGGGUUUUAGAGGUACUUUAUCAUUCUGACAGCCUGGUGUUUUUAAUAUUUUAGUCUAAAAAUCGUCAAACUACCUCACAAACUGGUAUCAAUUUGGUCUUAAUUCUUUUCUAACAUCCAGAUUAAAUUCUGUAGACUUUUAACCCUCAGCCCAAACAGCAUCUCCUCUUGGAGUCUGACAUUCACCUCCUCAUUUAGAAAAAAGGAAAAAAAAAAAAUCGACAUGUUUUGUUGCACUUUGAUUUUUGCCUUAUUGAGUGAGACAGCGCAGUACUUUAACAGUAGUUUUAGACAACACAUUAAACAAACUUUAAAUCAAGUAUCUGUAACUUAAAAAAACAAAUCAAUGUUGCAAAAGACAACAGAGAUUUUAUUUAUAACAAACCUAAAACAAAACAGGGUUUGGUAUCAGAAUGGAUAAGAACCAUGGAUUCUUUAUGGGCUGUGCUUUUUGAUUUGGCUUUAUCAAAUCCUGAAAGUGAGGUUGGAACCUGCUGCUGCUCAGCAGGUUAUUAUGUUUACAAUACACAAAGUACAGUAAAGUAAAUCACUUUGACCAAAGGAAAACAGAUGAGUCCUUAUCAGGUAAUUACAACUUUUUAUCUCAUAAUAUGUUGUAAUUAUGAGACACUAAAUAUAUAAAAUCAGAAGGAAAAUAAACAACAUUUAACUUGUUCAUGGAAUAAUUGAGAAUAUUUAUGUUUUAAUUAUGAAGUUUUAAAAGUGUUUUUUACCGUGUUCAUAUUUACAUGGUAUAAACCAGGAUUUGAUAAGAGUCCAGAUUGAUGAGCACAAUGAGAAUCACUAAAAUCUUAAAUGAUACCUGAUCCUGGAAAAACGUGUUAGAUUUUCUAAACAAAACACAAAUAUAUCAGAUUUUAACUUGGUAGUUCUGUGUCGACGUGGGACCUCUUCUGUGUAACAGUUUGUUGUCUUUAAAACUUUUAUUUUUUUUAUCCAGUUCUUUUUUAUGUGUUUUUAUGUUUUAAUAUAUUUACUAAACUGAUAAUGGGGUAUUGUGAAUAGGUUUUUUUUUUAUUAUUAUUCAAACAGCAUGCAUUUUUAAGAAUUACAACUAACUUUGACAGUUUUAUUUCAGUUUAAUUACAGAGAGACUCUGCAUGUAAUAUAAUGUAAUGUAUGUAAAAUAAAACACGAUUUAACUACAAGCUGUAGGUGGUGUAAGAUCAAACAAACACCAUACGUCUGCGUCAGGAGGCAGGCGAAGGCUAACGUACUGUAAGUUCAUCAUAAAGCUUCUGUACUGUUGAAUGUUUUCAGUGUUAAUGUGACAGUUUACUCUUUAAAGAACUGUUGGUGUUUAUCAUCGAGAAAAAACGACUGAAAGCUUUGAGCCUUAUAUGUAAAGGAUUCGUAACAGCUGUUGGUUUGCAUCACAGUUGAAGUUGUUUUUGUAUCAACACACAUUUGUUACACGCGCACAAAAAAAAAAAAAAAGUUUAAUCUUUAAAUGAUAAAAUGUCCAUUAUUCUCCAUCAGCUGUGGAUCGAUGUGCUAAAACUGUUUCAAUGAGAUUUUCUCAGAAUUUCUGACUGGACACUUUAAGAUGAGAAGACUUGAUGGAGAAGAAGAUGAUGAUGAUGAUGAUGAUGAUGUUGAUGUGCAGUUACCCAAAAAGGACCAUUUUCAUUCACCAGUUCAAAAUUUUUCAGUUAAAGAACUAAUGGCUGUCUCGAGUUCCCAGAACUUGACAGCUUCAGAAUCCUCCUACAAAUGUCCUGAAUUUAUAUUCAAUAAAUUACUUCAAACAGAAAA